AUGGCGCUCGCGCUCGCCCUGCAGACGGCCUUCGCCGCGCUGGGGCAGGCCUACCUCGGCGACGUCUACCUCAUGACUCGCGUGCAAAACGGCGUCGUCGCCCCGGGGGCCGAUUUCCUCGACCGCAUGAAGCGCGGUCUGCUCGGGGACGGGAUCAUGCUGCUCGUGGCGAUUGCGGGGAUCUGGGUUGUCAAGAUGAAUUUCUUGCUGUUCUUUUAUAGUCUUGGCUCGCGCAUUACCUUUUAUAGGGUCUUUUGGUGGGUGGCGGUUGUGGUGGUGUUGGGGUGUGGCGCGGCGGCUGUGGGAAUGCUGCCGUUUGACUGCUUGUUUGGAGAGGUCAUGCAUGUUGUCACGCAAUGUAGUACCGAGGGGAGCGUCGCGGCGAUCUAUACCCGGUACAAGGUGUCGGUGGUGGUGGAUUGCGUGUCGGAUGCACUCAUUAUCUGCUUCCCCAUCUCCAUUCUGUUCAACACGCGCAUCAGCUUGAGACAAAAGAUCAUCCUUUCGAGCAUCUUCUGCCUCGUCGGCUUCACCAUCGCCGUCACCAUUGUCCGCGGCAGCAUUUUCGGCGGCGUAUACAAGGAGCUCGACAAGAUCGACCGCAAGGUCUUGGAUACGGCCUGGGCUUUGUUUUGGUUUUAUAUUGAGUUUAUGGUGUGUAAGUACUUGCUCUAG